AAUAAAUUUGGCAAGGAUUUCUCCUGGUAUCAUAUGUUAUACAGGUUUCCUUAUUUUUAUAGGUGCAAUGGCCCUUGGUGUUCUUCUGUUAGCAGAUGAUUUUGACAAGAGUGAAAAAGAUGAAAUUUUUGAAGUUUUAAAGGCAGAAAAAUCUAUAGACAAAAUUAUCUUGAUGGGAACAGGUUAUAUUCCGGAUUAUCUUUCACAGAGUGUAAAGGAAUUGUUCAAAGAUACAGUUUUGGAAAUACAAAACACGGAUUUGAUUGCCGGAUUUCAUUUUGCUAAAAAUCAUUUGGACAGUGCGAUGUGUCCAGAAAUAAAGAUUAUUUGUAAACACAAACAAAAAAUGAAAUUCAUUUGUCAAGUAUUUUUCACUCCAGCAGUGAACUGGAAUGUUGUUGCAGUUGGCGAAGAUAUUUCAAGCAGCAAUGAAACGCUAGAGAGUACAACCGAAAGCGUUCGGGACUAUCUGAGCAAAAUACAAACUUCAGACGAAGUGAGAAUCCUGCAGUCCAAAAAGAUCCCAAACGACGUAUUUUACCACGGCUUUACCACAAGGACGGGAGGCAUCUCUUCCAUUCCUGGAAUGAAGUCCCUAAAUAUGCUCUAUACAACUGCUAAGAGGGACCCACCCAUCAUCAUUCAAGAAAACAGGCGCCGUGUGGCACUUAAAGCAAAUUUUGAUACAGAAACACUCUGCGUUGCAAAGGCUGUGCAUGGAAAUAUGGUACACGUGAUAGGAACGGAUCCCCCGGAAGAUGGUUAUGAUGGUGUAACUAGCGAUAAAUUUGGAAUCACGUGUGCAGCGCCUGGUGCAGAUUGUGUCAUAAUUCUUUUUGCAGAUCCUGUACGACGAGCUUUUGCAGCUGUUCACUCAGGGUGGAAGGGCACCGUAGCAAAUAUACCCUCAGAAACGGUGAAGAUGAUGAGAGAGAAGUUCGAAUGCCAAAGAAAAGAUAUUUUUGUUGUCAUGGGACCUUCCAUUUGCAAAAACUGCUUUGAUUUUGGAAAGGAUGGAAUCAAACAAUUUGAAGACAUAAAUCCCCGAUGUGUCUUAAACAAUAACUCAGACAAAAAUCCUACCGUAGACCUAAAAUUAGCGAUCCGUACACUGUUGGAAGACGAGGGGAUUUUGCCGGAUAAUAUUGACGAUACUUCGUCUAGUUUGUGUACUGUUGAACACCCAGAACUGCUGUACUCAUAUCGGAGAGAUGGCCGACCGUUUGGGAACCAGAUUGGAUUUAUUGGCCUGAAGUCACCAUCAUAAUGAUAAUAUAAAGGCGACCUUGGCUUGCUCCCUGUUAAUAUGGUGUAUGAUGUUAUAUAUGCAUCCAGUACACGUGUAUAUAUAUUUCAGAUGCCCUAAGAACAUACUUAGUAUUUGAAAUGAAGUACAAACAUGCAUUAAUAUAUAUAAAAAUGUACAAGUACCGUAUUUUUAGAUGCUAAUGUAGCUUUCGAUAAGG